UCAAAUUUGUUCACCAAUUACCAAAUAAAACAUGUUUGAUGGACCCAAUACGUGCAUUAUAUCAUAGUACACAUAACAGUAUAGUACAGUACUUGGUACGUUCAAUGUCGUUGCCAUAGAGAUACCAGCAUAAACAAUAGAAGCCUGACAUUGAAGCAGUUAGACAGACUUUGUGCUUUGAUCAGCUCUGCAAAAUUUGAUCAAUGCAUGGGCGAUUGUUGCAAAAAUAUUCUUGCGACAUUCAUUUUGUUUCUCUAAUUGAUUGAAUAAAGUAUUCCACCUAUGUGGUAAAUAACAAAUCAUAUAUAAUCAUGCCUCUCGCGGAGCAAUUAUAUUGCACUCAGCAAAUAAACAUUCCGCCAACGUUACCGACCAUCUUAAAACAAUUUUGCAAAGCUGCGAUACGCACACAGCCUUACGAUUUACUAAAGUGGUCCAGUACAUAUUUUCGAGCCUUAGCCGAUGGCGAAGAGCCACCGAUCAAGCUGAGGCUAGAAUACCCGCCACCUAGUACCGAAUCUGGACUGACUCUAGGAUUUUUAAAAGUUUUGCUUCGCCAAUUCGGAGAUUACAAUAAAAGCUUGACCAUUGAGUCGAUUACUCGGCGUUGGGAUGGACUUUGCUUGGAUCAUAAAGAUCUGGAAUUAAUUAUGUCCGUCGGAGAAUUUCACAACAAGUGUCAGGUGAAAAAAUUUCUUAGUAUCGGCGUCGGGCUCCUGGGAAAUAGUUUGCACGAAACUAUGAUAAUGAUUUGUGAACUGUUUACACAUGAGCCAGAAGGGGGCUCAGCAAUGAUACCGCUAAAAUUGUUUAUGGAAAUUUAUAGUUAUCUCGCUGCUCUACAGUGCGAUGGCGCGGAUGAAAUAUCUUUCAACGUACAUUCGUCAGAAAUAAUGAAACAGGACAAUGAAAGCUCCUCGAUAGAAUCCCGGCAUAAGGAUAGCGAAGACGAUUCCGGUAAGAGUGAUAUAGCUGCCCCGGUUGUUUUGGAGAAAUUAGAAACAAAAUCGGAUUUGAAACCAAUAAAAGGAAAACUUAAACCUUCGUUAUCACGGAUUCUGAAAGUACCAGGUAUCGGACCUUAUUUGACAUCAGAGCAUGUAGCAACUGUGAGUAUAUGGUUGAGCGAAUGUGCCAGACUCCAGGAAGGUAUGGUAGGUCCGCGAAAUCUUCGCCACUUUCAAUGUCCGUCUCUCGAUUAUCCUGAACUGCAGCCAAAAAAAUAAAUCCUUGCCAAUUGUCAUAAUUCGUAAACCUGCCCACACAUCGGUGAAUAUCCUAACUACACGAUCUACUUUCGGUUACGAAUUGAAUGAGACUUUUAGUUUGUUGAUCGAAAUUCUCUUUUCGUAGGUAAUGAGUAGGGAAUUGUCUGAGCUGCGUAGGUAUUAUAAUGUCAGCCUCGUUUGAAACGGACUUGAAUUGCUACAUGAUAGUUCGACUAUUUUUCUUGAGGAAUUGCGAAACGAUCUGAAAGAUGAUUUGCAUUGUUAUUCAAAUGAAUUUUAUUCAGAUAUCUAUACAAUUUCAUUCAUUGUACGACGUACCCACGCAAAAAGUAAAUAUUGGGUAAAAGAAAAAAUAUAUUACACACCAUAUGACUAACUCUUAGAAAAAUGUCGAGUUAUAUUAUCGAGCUUCAACUGUUCUGUACAUACGUAUAAUGAGCAAUUUUUGCAGUAAUUCAUUGUUUGUAAAUCUAGUGGUUAAAUAUCAUCCAUAGCAUAGAUAUACAUUGUGUAGGUCUAAAUAACUUAUGCCACUAAAUAUCACUGAUAAACCAGUUUAAUUUGAUAGGAAAGUUUAUUCUUUCAUCUGGAGUAAUAUAAAGUUUGCUCAUUCAUUUGUUUUAGAGUAUUUACGGUGUCACUUGAUAUGGGUACUUUAUAUCAGUAAUUAAAAACCAGCUGUCUCUUCAGGACAAAUAAAUCAAAGCUUUGAUGCUUGAAAAAUCUUUGAUUGCAAGUCGUCCUUAAUUUUUUACUUAAUUAUAAACUAGUAAAGGCACCAAAAUAAUAUUCUACGUAAUUCAAUCGAUAUUCUUGCUAUGCCAAUCUUUUGUAAAUAAUACUCUCAAUUGUAAUAUCGAAAAAAAUUCAUGGAUAGGAACUGCUUACAAAGAUUCAACUAAAAGCGUGUACAUAAAAUAUAUACUGAUUUACUGUAGGACUGGUGAUUUCUUUAGAUAUUUCUAAUCUGACUCCCACGUAUUCUUGCUAUAUGAAGAAGGUAACUUACUGCACUUUGUGCUGCUAUAUUAAUAAGUAUACGUGAAUGAUAUCUAUUUGACUAGUAAUGAUAAAAAUUACGCGCGAUACGCCUGAUGUACACACUUGUAUAAAUACAAAAUUACAAUACAUUAUUAUACAUGUGUCUGUAUAAUUCGUUUCAACUGAGCCUCAUUUAGACAAUCGUUUUUAUACCUGGGAAUACGUAUCAUGCACGAAUGUUACGGUCUUGAAAAUACGGUGAUAUGAUAAAUUGGAUACAAAUAAAAAAAUUGUGUGCCUGAACAAUUCUC